GAUCAAACGUUGGAUCUCGCACUUUACUUUCAACGAAAAAAUGAAGCUUUUCACACUAUUCGCUCUGUUCUUCUUCUUCGCCGGCAUAAUCACUACGCCCACUUCUGCGCACGAGAAACAUUUCAUCAAACACCUUCCGGCCCCGCCCGGCGAAGCUCCGAAGCAGUAUUUCGAAGUCACUCGCCCCUUGGCCGUCACUAACCAGCCCCCAUCAUGCACCCUACCGCUUCUCACUCACAGCUUCUGCGACACGAAAGGCCAACCGCCGGUGACGGCGGAGUACUCCCCGCCGGCGGAGUGCUGCUGGACGGAUGUGGUCCUGGAGUUCCAAGCCGCCUGCAAGAGCGAUCAGGAAGAUCGCAUCGCCGCCGUGUGGCUUGACGGAGUGGAGCUUCUCCGCACCACCACUCCCCAGCCGGGGUCUAGCGGCGUCUACUGGAAGGUGAGUAAGGACGUCACCAAAUACUCCUCUUUGCUGAACAGCAAAGAGAUCUCUCUCGCGGUGAUGCUGGAGAAUUCGGUCAACGACGUUUUCACCGGAGCGUUCGACGUCAACGUUACUUUCGUCUACUACGAUUCUAAAGGCGCGGCGGCGCUCGGAAACUGCGUUCGCAGUUCCGAGACGGUUGAGGAAAAUCCGAUCGCUAUGACGGUGGACAAACCGAUGAAUCCGCCGGUGGUUCCAGAUGACGGACCGGCAGAUUCGAUCAUUCCGAUCUCGGCGAAAGGAGAACACGGAUUUUGGUUCUCAAUUCAAACCGAUUCGCAAGUGGUUUCAAAGGAAGUUACGAUUCCUCAGAACGCAUACAAAGCUACAGUGGAAAUAUACGCAACUUCACACGGAAACGAUGAGUUUUGGUACUCACACCCUCCAGAUUCAUACGCAAAAACUAACAAUUUGAAUGCAGAGAACGGGAACGGAGCUUACCGGGAAGUCCUGGUGACGAUCGACGGGAGCUUGGUGGGCGCACUGGUUCCAUUCCCGGUGAUCUACGCCGGCGGAAUCAAUCCCUUGUUCUGGGAUCCGGUGGUCUCAAUUGGGGCUUUCGACGUUCCAUCUUACGAAAUCGAUUUGACGCCAUUCCUCGCCCUACUGCUCGACGGAAAGCCGCACAAAAUAGGGUUCAGCGUAGCGAAUUCCGUCCCGUACUGGCUUGUGGGCGGGAAUCUGCACCUGUGGUUAGAACACGGCACGGAGAAAAUCGAGGCGGGAGUUAUCGACACGGAAGCCCCAAAGUUCAAGCUGGAGCUUUCUACUGAGUUCAAAGGACUGGAUGGCUCCUUCAAGGUUGAAAUGGAGAGGAAUAGCGAGUACGCGGGGUGGGUGAAAUCCAAAAAGGGAAACCUCACUUAUUCCAUUAAACAGGAAUUGAAGUUGGAGAACGAGAUCAAGUACGAAAACGACGCUAGACACAAGAAGAUGGAGCAGAAAAUCAAGGACGAAGUUGAAACCAGAGUUACAGGGGAAAGAGGCAAACAAAUCUCCCAGAUAAAAAUCAAGAGGAAAUUCCCGUUAAAACUGGUCACCAAAAAGGAGAUCGGGAACGAGGCAAAUUCCAGCUCGCUAAGAACUGAGUUAGAGAACGAGUGGAGCGUUAAGGUGAGCGGAGAUUUCAACAGUAAAGUGUCAAACAGCCAGGAAUGCAGUGGAAUGUUGGGUGUUGAGGGCAACUUCGUCCUCUCCGGUACAGCGACGAUGGAGCAAUCGUACACCUACAAAGAUGACAAUAACUGCUAUAGCCGAAAGGUUUCGGUUGCUGAUAUGAACCUUGUUGACGACAAAGCCAACCUUCUUUGCACCUCUUCCCAGCCGUCUUCCCAGCUGGGACGAAGACUCUUAUAAGCUCUGAUGCUUCUUCGCCUUCAUCGUUGCGCAGUUUCUAUGUCCUGUAUCCCACUAGCUUUUGGCAUGUCAAGUACUUGUGAAAUUGGUUUUCCUGUGCUGCUGUAAAUUUUAUAAUAAGAAUGUAGUCUGAUAAGAGUGUUUUUGGUUGUGAGUGUCAUAUGUUUUGGCAUUUUGUCGCAAUGUUUAGUGUACUUCUGAUGCUUUGUACGGAGUAUCACGUUUUUGGGUAUGAAA